UCGAUCAUUUUUAAAUCUAAAAAGCCCAUAAUUUAAACAAAAAAAAGCAAUAUCACAAAAUAUUUACAGCAAAAUUACACUCCAUGUCCCUUAUCCAAAAAAUGUUUUUCAUGAAAAUCGGUGAUUUUGUGGAAAUUUCGAGGCCCACUUGAUGUGGUUUGUCUCAAUAGCAUUUUUAUACAAUUAUUUUUGUGAAAGAAAGGUACUGCUUCUUAAUUGGAAAUAUCCGUGACUAAUAAAUGGAAAAUUAGAACAUUGAUACAAAACUUAAGAUUUAUAGUUAACUAUAAGUUAAUAAUUGAGCAAGCAUUUUUGCGUAGGCGUCUAAUUAAAUCUAGGGGAUGUUUGGAUUUUCGAUUACCGUUUAUCAUCGAUAGUAAAUCCAGUCUGGUUUUUUCGUGAUCAAUCGUUUGGCUAUGUUUCAACUUGACCCCGCCAACUGGAACCGAUGGUCAGAAGAGGUUUUGUUGUCUGCGCCUGAAGAGGACACAAGUGUAGAUCGGAUCAAUCCAGCAGUGAGCAAGUGACAAGGACAACUGCCUGAAAAUGGCAAACUCCACCGCUGCGCCUGUGAUAACGAUUGAUUACAUGACAAUAAAUUCCACGAUUCACAUUCCACCGCAAUUCGAUGUGACGAUUGCGGAUGCAGGAUAUAUUGUAGUGAAUUCGUUAAUCCUCAUCACAAUGCAAACAGGAUUCGCACUUGUGAACGCUGGAACAGUUAGUGUGAAAAACAGUGUUAAUUUCAUGAUGAAGAAUACAGUGGAUACAGCUAUCGGAGGAUUCGCAUUCUGGUUGUUUGGAUUUGGAUUGGCUUACGGAAGGAGUAAAUACACUAAUAUGUUUAUUGGCCUUGGAGAUUUCUUCCUGGAUGCCGCUCCAACGGAUCCUCUUAUGGGUGGUGUGAUGACUGCAUUCAUGUACGAGAUAUCAUUUUCAUCAUCUUCAACCACGAUUGCCAGUGGUGGAAUGGGUGAACGAUUCAACUUCCGGGCUUACUGUUUCUACGCUUUCUUCAACUCGCUGAUAUACGCGAUUGCUGCUGGAUGGGAAUGGCGCGAAAGUGGUUUUCUCGCUCUUCUAGGUGUUACCGAUAUUGCCGGAGGUGGCCCGGUUCAUACGCUAGGAGGUGUUUGUUCAUUUGCUGCAGCGGUCUUCCUCGGGCCACGAAUCGGUAGAUUUGAUCGAAGCCACCAGCAUCCUCCCAUGAGCAACGCAGUAGUUGCCUUCCUCGGUUUAUUCAUUCUGUGGUGGGCGUGGCUAGCAUUCAAUACUGCCAGCAGUUAUGGACUUAGUCGAGGCCGAUGGGGAUACACGAUUCGUGCGGCGGUUAUGACAAUGCUUGGAUCUAUGGGCGGUGGAGUGACUGCAUGCGUGUUCUCUCUAAUCGACAACAAAGGAAAGGCAUUACCAUUCCAGAUAAUGAAUGGAGUGCUCGCUUCCUUGGUUUCUGUAACAGGCGGCUGUUAUUUGUUUCAAUCUUGGUCUGCGGUGCUCACCGGUUCCAUUGCCACAGUUUUUUGCUUGAUUAGUAUGAAACUAAUGGACAAAUUUAAAAUAGACGAUCCUUUAUAUGCCUGCACUGUUCACGGAGUAGGGGGUAUUUGGGGUCUUAUCGCCAUUGGAUUGUUUGCAAUGGAUCCCGUGCCACAAGAUACUACUGGCGGUAGAUCUGGCCUAUUUCUAGGUGGCGGAUUCAGUUUGCUUAGGAGUCAGCUUUAUGCAAUAGCUGCUAUGGUCAUAUGGGGACUGCUCGCUACUUGGGCUUUGCUAUGGAUAAUUAACUUAUUUGUGAAAGUCAGAGUUACCCCAGAAGAAGAGAUGCUAGGGGCAGAUUUUGCGGAACAUGAUAUCGAUCAUGCAAGGAACGCACUUGAAGAAUUGAAACCGCUAUGGAGUAGAGAAGUUGAACUGAGUGAUGGUAUGAGCUACAAACUGUCAAAGGGGAUUGUUAGUGCGAGAGAUGCAAGUUCGGAAUUGUACAAGGGUAACAUUAAUGCUGUUUUCAGCGACGGUAGUAUAUCGUUAGAGGAAUUAAGGAAAAACGAUCAGUCAUCGAGUAAUUACGGUAACUGAAGCACGCCCACAAAAUCUAGUCUACUCUUACUGCGGUAACGAUAUUAGAAUACCCUUUGCCUAGGGUUUUAAUUGUGAAUUCGGUGAACUGAACUAGGAAUUGUUCAAUAGGAAAGCACAAAUCUUAUUCUUGACCUAUUCAGUUUUUCUUUAUUUAUUUCUUUUAUAUGGCUUCUGAACAUACUUUGACGAUUUAGUUGUUUAUCACAGGAAGGGUAGUUUAGAUUUUGUGUGUAGUUCUAGAAAGGCAUCGUUGGAAAGUUUUGUUCAUUUGAAUUAUUAUCAGUUAUUUUGAAUCAGCGUGGUACAUAUCCCGCACAUAAAAAUGACUUGAGUGUAACUUGCCAUUAGUGCUUUUCAACAGUGUUUUUCUUGACGGUAGUUUUAAUAAUUAGAUUUACACAAGAACAUGCAUGAUCGUUUCGAUGUUUCUGUAUGGUUUUGUAAAACAGUGAUAUAUUCCAUAGAUGAUAUUUUGAUCGAAUGUGCUAAUUAUCUCAAAUAAAGUGAUU